GGCUCUGACACUUUAGAGGCUACCGUCGCAAAAAAAGAUAUCCAACUUCCAUCUCGCUCUUCAUCUUUAGGUAGCCUCAAGCAUCUUUUCAAUUGCCAUACCCAGCAUUCUUCAACGCCAAGGGUCAGGUUAUCUACGUAGAUAGCCCCCCUUCCUCGUCUUGAAGCAUUGCCCCUGACCAUACGCGGACUUAGCACCGGUCAAGAUUUACACCAAUGAAUCGGUAACAAGCAAUUAUCCCUUAGGUGCUUCCUCUAAGUGAACGCAGUAACCAUGGCGGGAACUGGAGUUUUUAUUCUACUUGCCCUAACAGUGGUUAUGGCAUUAGCUUCCUUUCUCGCCGGCGCACUACCACUGUCGAUGUCCCUUACCCAGUCACAACUCAGACUGAUUUCAAGCAUUGGCAUAGGCAUACUCGUUGGCACGUCGCUGAUAGUCAUCAUACCCGAAGGGGUCGAAGCAAUUACCGAGGCGUCGAUCCCCGCGCAUUCUCAAAGCACGAGAAACUUACAUAACGCGAGAAAUGUUGCUGCAGUUAGGUGGGAAGGGGGAUCAGAUCCCAUUUCAGCAAGCAGUAUAGACUGGACCAAGAUUUCCCCAAAGGAAUUUGGCGACAGGAAUGCGUUGGAUAUAGCAAGGAAAGGUAGCCCGGCCAACUUCGAUUUCAACGCUAGGGCGCCAGCGGAGGAACCAGAAGCAGGACCAGGUGGUCAAGCUAAACCUGGCGCAGGGAGCCAACAUGCAGAAUCCGGAGCACCCACUUUCUACAUUGGGCUUUCUCUGAUAUUGGGUUUCGUUGUCAUGUUCCUGAUCGAUCGCCUUCCUCGCCAUGCGUCAGAAAACUUCCAACCACCCCCAGCGCCGAGGCAUAUCAGCUUGAGCAAUUUGGGUGGAUCAUCUCUCUCCCGCGAUGAGGACGAAUCCGAAGGCUUCUUGGGUUCUCUAACACCCACGCCGAAGCAGUCGAGAAGCCUAGCGACCACUACAGGUUUAGUGAUACACGCCGCGGCGGAUGGCAUCGCAAUGGGGGCGUCGGCUACUUCGCCAGAUACGAAGCUAGGGUUUAUUGUAUUCAUCGCUAUUAUGGUGCAUAAAGCCCCCGCGGCUUUUGGUCUUACCUCGAUCCUUCUGAAACAGGGUCUCUCGAAACGUGCGGCUCGAGGUCACCUAAUUGUGUUCAGCUUAGCCUCCCCAUUCGGAGCUUGGGCAACCUUCAUCCUUGUUAGUUUCCUGGGCGGAGGUGGCGAGGGUAGGUUAAACCAGUGGUGGACGGGAAUGCUGUUGCUAUUCUCGGCGGGAACCUUCCUCUAUGUGGCAAUGCAUGCCAUGCAAGAAGGCGAUUCACCUUCGGGUCACGAUGGCUCGAUCGCCAACGGUUAUGCGGAUGGCGGCCAACGAAAGCACACCCACCCGCAGAUGCGGGAAACACUUGCAACGGUAAUUGGCAUGUUCUUGCCUCUUCUCACACAAUUCGGCCACCACCAUUGAAGCGGCUGAACGGGUUGCCAUCUGUUUUUUAAAUUCUGCGUUUCUCCUAAGCUAUAGAGGGAGUUAGGAUCUUGAAAACGAAUGACCGGCAUGUUCAAGAUAAAACCAAUAACGUAGAUCGCCCGUGUCUUACCUACCUACUUAUGUAGAUAGGGAACGUGUAUUACAGUUUUAAAAAUAGUGUUCGGUUUCGAUAAGGUCUUAAAAGAGUUACAGAGUCCGACGAGCUGGUUGUACAUAAUAUACCCAUGGGCUGUAAAUAGACCAAUUUGUCGUUAUCUUCGGUUUCACACAAAAGCAGAUUUUUCUCAUUAUUUGUCAUGAGCGGCGGGUUAUAGGACUGGAUGACGGGGUUGUAUAAUAUAAUAUCUUGCUUAUAUAUGCAAUUACUAACUA